AUGCCUGACACGCCAGAAGUAAAGGAGGAAGGCACUCCCAGCGACGUGAAAUUAGAUGUUAAACCAGAAGCAGAGCCAGACGUUAAACCAGACACAAAUGGAGAUACAAAGCCAGCGGUAGCGACGACGCCAGUGCCCGAAAUCGAAACCCUCCAGCGCAAAAGGUACAAAACCUCGGAGCUGCCGCUGUCUCAGGAACAGCAGACGUCGAUCCAGAAUCUGCUUGUCGCGUUCAAGAAGAAAGGUGCCUUUGACAACCACAGGAAGAAAAUAUGGGCAGAGUUUCAUGAUGCGGAAGCUAAGAAUGAGUUCACUACUGCUCUUCAACAGCUCGCCGAGCAGGAAAUAGACCGGGAACCUGCGCACCUCUCGCGUGACAGAGGCAAAGCCGCGACUCUGAUCGAAGGCGCCGUUGACCGCAGCGACAUUUACAAAAAUGUUGAAAACGUGCUGGAGAAAUUCAUUGUCAAGCAUCUCGAACCCAUGCUCGCAUCAGUCAGGGAGAUCAGACGGCAGGAAAUCGGCGAGGAUGCUGCUGCCAAGGAGGAAACGGGUGGAAAUGUAACUGAAGAGGACUACGAUCGCUGGAGAAAUGAACGACGGGCAGAACGCGAGAGGAUUCAUCAGGCAGAGGUUCAAGAACAGGAGCGUAUUGAGGCGGAGAAAGACAAAUUCAGACUGGAAGAACUGCGCAAACGGCGGGAGAUUGAGCGGAAAAAGGAGGAAGAGCAGAGGGAGCGAGACGAGAAGCGGCGCGCUGAGCAACGCGCGAUUGACGAACAGAGAGAGAAAGAAAGGCAGGAACGAUAUGAGCGCAGAAGGAGAGAGGAUUCUCGAGAUAGGGACAGGUACAGAAACUACGAUCUCCCGCGGGGUUAUGACCGUUACGAAGGCUCUGGGUCUUCGUCGCGGUUUCGCGAGAAUGAUAAGGCGGCGUCGAGUACAACGACGCCCAAUGCGACCACCCCAGUGGUGCCAGCGCCUGUGGAUGAGAAGACCCUGGAGGAGACCGCUCUACAGCUACUUCUGAAGGAAGGAGAAGAAUUAGCGGCCAAGGCAAAGCAGAAACCGGAGUUUGACUUUGAAGAAGCCGAAGCGAUUGAGAGUGGCCGAAAGCCUGCUCCCCGUGCAAAGACCAUAGCGGAAUCGAGGUAUUCAACCACAGGCACACGGGAUUCAUCUCGCGAUAAAAGGCGAAGAAGCCGUUCGCGAUCUCGGCACAGACGGUCAUCGCGAUACGAGGAUGGUAGCAAAAAUAAUUCCAGGGAGGAAUCACUACGAGCUCGGGAUCGUGAUGAUGAUAGACACUCGGUUCGCAGCCACAGGGACGAACGUAAUUAUCGGACUACCCGUCGAAGUCGCAGUCGAUCGACUGCACGCCACGAACGAGACCGCAGCAGAGAUAGGGAACGAGACAGGGAUAAAGAUAGAGAUCGGGACAGGGAAAGAGAUCGUGAUCGUGAAUGGAAUUAUCGCGAACGUGGGUAUGAUCGCUAUAUUGGUCGGGAUCGAAGCCGCGAUAGAGAGCAAGACCGAGAGCGUCAUCGCUCUCGGGAUGUAACAAAAGAGUCAGACCGAGACAAAGAUAGAGAGCGUGAUCGCGAGCGCGAGCGGGAUCGGGAUCGAGAGCGAGAUCGAGAUUACGACCGCCAUCGAGACAGAGACCACGAAAGAGAGCGUGACCGCGACCACGAUCGCGAACGUGGCCGUGACCAUGACCGAGAGCGAGAGCGAGAGCGAGACCACCGCCCCUCCAACUCUCGACCCAGACGCUCACCGUCUCGCCCAAGACCUCACCGAGAGCGAUCUGCUUCUCGCGCUACUGCUACUGCCACCGCUACUGCCACUCGCAGACAAUCUGCUUCGAGACGGCGAUCACGCUCGCGCUCGCCAAGUCAAUUAGACAUUGAUCGGUACGUUCCGGCUACUAGUAACCGCAGCAGGUCUCCGCGUCGUCGUAUCAGAUCCCCUGGUCGUGAAAGAGAAUGGGAUAGGGACCGGGACUGGGACCGGGAUCGUGAUCGUGAUCGGGAUCGUGAUAGGGAGUGGAAUCGGGAACCUCGAGGUGAUAGAUAUAUCCCUGGGGCUACAGGGGACCGGGAUGAGAAGGAGAAGCCAGAUGACCGAGAUCGUGACCGCGACCGGGAGCGUGAUAGGGAAAGGGAUAGGGAUAGGGACAGAGACAGAGACAGAGAUCGAGAAAGGGACCGAGACCGUGACAGGGACAGGGAUCGGGAUAGAGAUAGAGACUGGGAACGAACUCGUGAGAGAGACCGUGAUAGGCACGACCGGAGCAGCUAUCGUCGAAGCAGAAGUCGAUGA